CUGAAUUUAGUUUUUCCAAAUUUGUUGCACGUGUUUUGGUUUGCACGUUUCUAAAUUUUAUUUCUGGCUUAUUUUACAUUUUCUUCUUGGCCUCGGUGAAGCUUUUUCAGUAGCGGAGAGGUCCAUAAACUAUCUGAAUAAUGGUAAGUAACAUCUUAUGUAAUCUUUUACCCAAUAAAAUUCGCUAUCGAUGAAAUUAUGUGACCCAAAUUAUGCUGGUAUACUAUUUAUACGAGUCGGAGUUGCAUUGCGUCCUACUUUCGUAAGUUUCGUUAAGACUUUAUAAGGGGCCAUUGAUAUUCACGUUGCCACAAAUAAGGUCGAAUCGAGAUUAUGAGUGGGGUUCUAAGUAAUUUCUCGUGGCAAAUUGACAAUUAAUGUCCAAAAUAACUAUCACAGUACAGUACAGAUACAAAAUACAAAUGAAAAAUAUUUUAAAACAUACCGUAGUAUUUUAUUAAAGACUUUAAUACCGAAUAAAUACGUCAAAAUACAAUCCUAGUUUAUAUACAAGACGCCUGUGCAGGCGUACACUCCGGCAAAGGCCCAGGCGACAAAAUAGGAACUAAGGCAAGUCAGGUGGAGGAGGUGGUUAAUGUCUAGUCUGUGGCAGUGGCGUAGCCAGACCUUCAUUUUUUUUUGGGGGGGGGGGCGAAGCGAACGCUGAAGGCGCAAGACGAUCUAGGGGGGUCUGGGAAAAUUUUGAAAUCUAGAGUCCCUGAAAUGCAAUUUCAAGCAUUGGGUCAUUCCAGAAAAGAUCCAUACCCCCCCUACGGAGGAAAUCGAAAAUAACCCCCUCCCCCCUUUCGGACAUCCUUGAAUGGUUCAACCUCCCCCCCUCUCCGGACAUCAAAGCCCAAAAUUACCCCCCUCCCCUUCGGACAUUCACUAUUUCUAAAUUUUUCUAAAGGCUAUCUCGCCGUUUGAAAACGUCACCGAAAAUUAGACUACGUUCACACUAUGCGCGAGCGAACUAAUGCGGGCAGAAUUUACGUGUGUUCACACUACCGCCAUUACAGUUUGUUUACAAAUUGAAUUAGCACUAGUGUAAACCCAAAAUAUUUCAAAUAGACCCAAGAUAUUUAACUGAAAAGCAUUCGAGUUUACACGUUUGUGUUCACAUGAAGCUAUCAAGCGCUCCGCCGUUUUCACCUCGCUCCGUUUCACCGUGCUCAAAUUGUUACGGCAAAAGUGACGUGAAAGUUUUCAAACGAUUUCGCUCCAGCGUAGAGUGAAUUAGCGAUGGCUUAUUGUGACUUUUCUACGCUGUUUUCAAAUAGCUCCGGCGUGGCGGAACACUUGGCGGCUUCUUGCGACUUGCGAACACAAACACGUGGCAGGUUUUGUCGGAUAAUUUGCAGAAAUUCACUUCGAAAUUCGUUCAAGUAAAAUUCGGACUGAAAUUCGAUGUAACUUGCGACUGAUUGACAAGCGUUGCUAUGUUUACUUACAUGUUAAUGCAUUUUUUAGUAUUACUGCAUUCCUUAACCUCGCCCUUAAUAUGAACAGCCGUUUCUAUUUUCUAGACACGCACCUCGCAAGGAAGCUUUAUUGACUAUAUACUAAAACAAAUUGUUUUGAGUUCAGUUCACAUAGCAGUCUCUUAAUUCGAGCAACAGUUUAAUAACUAUUAUUUUAACACUUGAAUAAUUAUAUAUAUACGAACGAAAACUGCAAACUAUAUAAAUAAAGCGUGUCAAUUUUCGACUCAUUCUCAACAUGCAGGAUACGCUGUUACAGCGAGUUAGUUUUUGGUGGCCAUGCAUGCAAAAGUGGGCGGCUUAUUUUGCUUACGAGUUACGUGCACGUAUAAUUAUUGCUGUUACAUAAACGUUCCGGUGUUCAAGAGCUACAUAUAGCCGAUAAAAAUUGUGUGCUCGUUAUAUUCGCCGAUCAGAUAGCUUUAUCACAGUCUCAAACCUUCAGACAAACAUAUCCACAUUCCUCUCCCCCCCUUCGGACAUCCUAAGACAUUUUUCCUCUCCCCCCCCUUCGGACAUCCUAAGACAUUUUUCCUCCCUCCCCCUUCGGACAGCAAAAAUUUCCUCCGUGGGGGGUAUGGAUCUUUUCUGGAACGACCCAUUUUGGGGGUGAAAUCUUGUAGAUCUCCGAAGAUUAUAAAGUACAUAGAAGACAUAAAUUUUCCCAGACAUUUCUAAUUUUCUACUCGGAAUUAAAUAAAUUGGAACAGUCACCUUGAAAAACAGGAGGAGCCGGUCAGCGUCACCUUAUUUUCCCUCUGUGAUGCUGGGGGAAGAAAAUCCCAAUGUGAUUUUGAUCAGAAACGUUGCAUUUAAAUCAUUCUAAGUUCUAUGAGACAGCAUUUCCGCAUUCUCAAAAUUGUGUUGCUUUUUUUUUACGAUACAGAAUAAGUCUGAGAAGAAUAUUCAUGCUAUGAUAAUGCAUACAUAUAAAUCUAAACUAAAUCUAUUCUUCUUGGAACCAUAUCUACAAGUCUGCUUUAAUGAGAUUUUACAAAUCAAGUUCCUCCAAUAUAUCGUCGUUUUCCUCAGUCGAGACGUUCUUAAUCAGUUUCUGCUUCGAGGAUGUAACGUGUACCGCCCCCCAAUUUCUCUACGGAUUUAGCCUUUUUCAGAUAAUGUUUUUUUUUGCGAUUGGUGGCGGGGGCGGUCGGCCCCCCUUGGCUAUGCAACUGGUCUGUGGUAGCCUGUGUGGCAACCUCAUUGAAUAAUGAGCCUGCAACAAUCUCAAGGAAAUUUCGUAUUACAUAUAUUCGCUCAUAGCUGGUCAUAUUUUGUUUGAUUUUGAAAUUUAUUGUAAUGUUUUGACCUAGGAUGGAUCAUGGUAUUGUCUUCCUUUUGAUAUAAAUACUUUUGAGUUGCUGUUCAUUAUUAAUAAUAUGUAAAUUAUUGCUUGAAUUAUCCCUGAGCCAACAGCGUGAAGUGCCAUUCCAGGCAUUAGCCCGGACGAGGGUACUAAUUCCGCCCAGCUAUUUACCCCCGGGGAAAUGAAAACAUUAGCAAAGUCGAAAGUUCCUCAAUGAUUGCAGGGGUGGUUACCGUGCAUGGUUCAGUUUUGGGUGGGUGGUCAUCACUGAUCUCAAAAUAUGGCUGUUUGCCAGGAGUGAAGAAAGCAAAAAUAUAAAAAAUACAUGUAAGAAGGCUUGGAAAAUCAUUUCACAUCACAAAUUGUAAAAUGUUUUUCAAUUUUUAAACAUAAACAAUUAUAAGAAUUGAUUUAGUAUGAGAAAUUCUAAAGUAUAGGGCAAGUUUGUUUCAAUUGUUUAUGUAUGCCUUUGUAUUAAAUAAAUAUACUAUAUAUACUUUGUUGUUGUUGUUGUUCAAGUCUUUCCUAUAAUAAUAAUAAUAAUAACACUUUAUUUAUUGAGGAUAUAAACAGAUAAAGUUACAACUUUUUUCCAAUCUGGUCUGUCCUUCCUAUGCAUUGUAUGCAAAAGUUUCUUAGCUAAAUUAACUUUUGUAGAAGUUCAUGAUAAAAAGGAAAGCAAAUUAUUUUCAUUAGCGUCCUGUAUGAAUUAAAUUUAUUUCAUUUCAAAGUUCGAGUAAUAAGUUGAAGCUCAAGUUGAAGAGUUUAUUGGCAAAAAACAGUUGAUUUCAAUUCACAUCUGCCAAUGCAAUCGUGUUAACAUUUUAAGUGGCAAUGCUAAAGUGCCAUGAUGAAGUUGUGAAUAGCCCGAUGUUUGAGCAGCUAUUUGGAUUGGUGAAACCAGGACAGUUGGAUUGUUUGUAAAUGGCCACUAAAUAAAAUUUUUCAUUCCUUUAGUCUAGUGAUGAAGUAAAUCCCAAAGCUUAUCCUUUAGCUGAUGCACAGUUAACUGUAACAAUUUUGGACCUUGUGCAGCAAGGAACCAAUUAUAAACAGUUGAGGAAAGGUGCUAAUGAAGGUUGGUUUUGUGUAUUUUCUGAUCCGAGUUGAUAUCAUCAAUUCGUCAUCUCAAGGGUGGCGCUAGACCUCUUUGAAUUGGGGUGGUGGUGGGUGGUGGUGCAAGUGGAUUUUGCUGAGUUAUCAAGGCAAACGUUGCCGAGUCACUACAACCAUUAACCACUCACUGAAAUAUUUUAUUUCUUUCUAAACAAAUCCAUGUUUUGCCGAGUGGGAUUCAAUAUUUUGCCGACUACCUGAUGAUUGGGGGGGGAGGGAAGGUGUUCCACACACCCCUUUAGCGUCAGCUCUGGCUACAGAUCUUUUCCAUAAAUGGACUGCAGAAUUGUAAUCUUCAUGCUCAAAUUUGUCAGUGACCCAAAGUAUGUACUUAUUUUCUGUAGCAACAAAGUGUGUUAAUCGUGGCAUUGCUGAAUUUGUUGUAAUGGCUGCCGACACUGAGCCAUUGGAAAUAUUGCUGCAUUUACCUCUACUUUGUGAAGAUAAGGUAGGUCUUGUAACUUCAUCUGGAUAGAAACGAAUAUUUGAACAGAAUCCAAAUGAAUGUACUUGGGGUAGACACGGUGCGUAGAAUAAAUCGAACUCAACGUUACAAUUUGGAUAUAUACAGGUGUAAAAUAUGUACAAUGCAAUGAUAUCACGAUACGACUAUAAUGAUAUCAAGAUACGAUACUUAUCGUAUCUUGAUAUCAUUAUAAUGUAUUAUUAGCGCAAAAACAACUUAUUAUCUAUGUGCUUUGUUUUGGUAUGCAUCAAACUUUAACUUUAAAUAGCGUAGCUAUAUGUGUAGCUUCUUCUUUUGAGCCAAGAUAGAGUAAAGCUAAUACGGUUAUUGCUUACUCACAAGCGUCCGCGUUGAAGACUUAUUGCAGAAUGAAGUUUACAAGACGGGUUAACUGUUUUGUGCAAAACCGAACCGGAAUUUACUGCGUAAUUACAAACCUGGACAUAGGUACGUGGCCUGGGCUAGGCAACAGCAUUGCGCAUUUGCUGACCAUACGUACGCAUUUUGAUACAUGGUAAGUUUUGCUGACAGCGGAAACGUCUUUUUUGGUUGCAUCUAUGACUAUUUGUUUGGCUGACCUAAAUUGGGAAAUUGCGAACUGAAAGUAAUUUGGAAAACCGCGUUUAACGCGGAAUUCUUGACUGUAGCUAUAAACACCCUGUCCAGUGGAUAAGUCGCUAUCCAGUGGAUAAAUUAUAUCCGGAAUGAAAAUCGCGUUGUACGAAGCUUGCAGGAUAGCGCUAUCCAACGGAUAAAAACGAACUAGCCGUUGGAUAAAUUUAUCCGAAGUCAGUUUAAAUCCACUAUCUGGCGGAUAAACUCGAAGUUUGAAGAUAAAACAAUGUGCAUUUAAUGUAAAACGGAUUGAAAUUGUGAUAGAAAUGAAAAAAUACCGUUUAGAAGUCCCUUUGACACUAAAUACACAUGGAAACUUACUUGUGACUUCCCUUGCUCUUGACGUACACCGAAAUCACUUGCCCAUUAAAUAAUGCCAUGGCUUUGCCAUAUUUUACGCAGACCAGUGUCAGUGCUUAAGUUUUCUGGCUUUUUCCUUCUUUUUUUUCUAUUGCUUGAAUACAAGCAAUAAAACUUAACGCCAAACAAAUAUACAUAUAAAUAUAGACAACAAGGCGCCGAAGCAAAUUUCAAAACCGUCGACGGUCGAGCACAUCAUUGAUGGUCAAAUACAUCAUUAAUCUCGUUCCCAGAUCGCGCUGGCGGUAAUUCGCACGCGAAAGCAUUUGGUGACAUCUUAAACAAAGUGCUGAGAUGGGUUAUCUAUAUUUUACUUCACUUUAACUUUAGAAUAAUUUUAAAAUAUACUUACUGCAACACUUCUGUACAAGGGGUGGUAACACUGUAAACCGAACUGACUGUUUUGUGUAUCCUCUGCUAUCCGCCAUCUUUUCAACAAGUACAAUCGUACUAUAGUGGACCAGGAACUGCGUGACCUGCGAUCAGAGAUUUUGACUUGAUAAACAAAUAACUAUAGACUCUUGUGAAACUAAUGUUCUCGAAGUUGGCAACGUAGACUGAGUUCGCUAAAUGUUUUGCUUUAAUUUGGUCAUGCAAGAUAUACUUUAUGCGGGCAAAAUGUGUCUAGUGCCGUGUAUAGCCUAAGUGAGGUGUAAAUCUGGACAAAGCAUAGAUAACUAAAAAGUAUUUCCUCGCAUUUGAAUUCGAUAGAUAAGUUAAAUGUCCCACAAUAUUUAGAAUAAACAUGCCGUGCCUAAGCUAACUUUUGUCGUACGUCAAAUUUUGCCGUGCCGUGCGUGGGAUUAAUUGCAAACUAUUGCAGCUACAGUCGUGCACGUGCCGUUUACGGGGCUUAAGUUAGGUAACAAAUUAUCUGAAUUGUUGCUAGGUUAAUGCAAUUUCAUCUCGCUUAAGCCGAUUUUCCACUAGCGAAAUUUUUCGCGCGAAGCGACCUUUUUCCUUUGUCGGCAUCACUUAUUACGUCAGCAAGACGUGGCAAAAUGGACGCCGACAAAGGAAAAAGGUCACUUCGCGCGAAAAAAUUCGCUAGUGGAAAACCGGCUUUAGUCAUGGCUUCAUAACUGCAUGCUUGUGCUAAAAACAAAUUUACAUCUCUUUGUUUUUACGGUUCACGAUUUUCUAUCGGAGUAUGAAUAUUAUAUGACAGCCAGAUAGCAAUAUUACUCCUCUACGCUUUGAGAAACUAAGCCAGCGUGUUAAAUUUAGUCAACUCAACGCUUAUAAUUAAUCGUUAUAAUUAACCGUUCACAUUCUUGAGAAUCUUUAGACUAUUGUGAUUGUGUUCACAACAAUAGACAAGACAAUGUCUUUCUUAUCGUUUGCGGAUAUAUUUGCUGAAUAUUAAUCAUAUGUAUAUAUUAUUUGCUACGAAUACAGUCAAAAAUUGCUUGUAUCUUGCUUCUAAAGUCAAAAAUUGAAAAUCGAACACCGUCAAUCGAUGCGGAAUAUUGCUUAGAAUAAUUGUGUCAAAUUUCAUUCCGAUCAGACAA